CGCUGACCCAAACAUUCAGACAUUAUGUAAUGCUUACAAGUACUCGUCUGAAUAAAUACUGUAUUAAACUUUUUUUCUUUUUUUAACAAAUCAAAGGUUAAUUGGCCGUUAUAAAGUUUUCAAAAAGCUUAAAUUUUCCCUUUCUUUAUUUACGAAUUAACAGAAACGAUCCCACACCAACCAGCGCAAUCUUCAGAAGCUGUGAAGUCAAACCUAUAGUUUAAGAAGUCAUUUCAGAAAAAAGUUGCCUCAGUGGACAAAAUCGGUAAAGGAAAAACAUUUUCUCCACAUUAAGUGUUUCCAUCCUUCACUGCGACGCCAUGACUUCUGGUGUAAUCUGAGUCCCGGACAGAUGUGAAUGGUAGGUUUUUUGGGGGGGGAACAGUUGCGAGAACAAGAUGGCUGUCCUGGGGCAAGAAGAGUAUUCUUCUCGCUUCACAUAAACACGGAAUUUUUAAUCGUCAAUUAACGAAGACAGCUGCUUUGGUAAAUGACCCCAAUAGAUUAUUGUGCAACAACUUUAAACGCUUUUAAAGGCAUCGCUUUGUAACGACGGACAUCUUUUUGAGGCGGACUUGAAGAUCGCUUGAUGUUUUCUGAAGGAAACUUUUCUGGGAAGAGUGAACUAACGGUGGCUGAGAGGAGCAGGGUAACGCUUUUAACGGCUCAAAUGCGACGUCUAUAUACAGUUUAACGUAUUCUACAGUGGUGUAUUAGUUUCAGUUAGUUAGCUGACUAACUUUCCCAACCUGCUUUGUUUUGUAAGGCGCCUAACACUAGAGUAUCUCCGUUAUAAGUAACUUUUUUUCAGAUGCCUCGCUCCAGAUAAAAUAUAGCUGGCUUACUAACUGGACCAUGAGUUCAUCCCGAGUCAGACCGCAGCAGCUACCGCCGAGCCAAGCUGGCAGGCUGCCGCACAGACUGGACUCAAGCGAAGGGAUAGAGAUGGAGAACAUCCAGCACCAGGACCUGGGUCUCGGGGGAGUCAUAGGCACCCCGUCCCCUCCGUCCAGACAGGCGUGGAGUCGGGAUAACCCGGGGUUCGAGCCCGAGGACGAGAUCAUGGAAGCCGACUGGCCUCCAGCGAGUCCCGGGAGGAGGUCGGUGUCCACGGCCUCCAGCAGCAGCUGCAGCAGCGGCCUGGGCAGCUACACCGGCGGGGGCAGCAGCACCCACAUCCCCCGAGGAGGACUGUACCCGACCCCGACUGUGGAUGCCCAGCAGCAGGACAGGCAUGAGCACCGCAGCUGUCUGAAGCAGAUCCUCCAGAAGAUCAGAAUUCUGUGGGGCACAGAGCUGAUGGAGGACAGCGACAGCAGUCGAGAGAGGUACCUCAGGAACGUACUGCGAGAGAUGCUCACCUAUAUCGCAUUCCUCAUCACCCUUUGUAUCUUGACCUAUGGGAUGGUGAGUGCCAAUAUGUACUACUAUACCAAAGUCAUGUCUCAGCUUUUCCUGGACACACCGCUGUCUGCAGGGGACCCGUCAACUUUCAGAAGCCUCUCAACCAUGGAGGAUUUCUGGAGGUUCACAGAGGGACCUUUCCUCAAUGGGAUGUACUGGGAGGUGUGGUACAACAACAAGAGCCUGCCAGAGAAUCAGAGUCUCAUUUACUACGAGAACAUCCUCCUUGGAGUGCCCCGGCUCCGACAGGUCAAAGUCCGCAACGAGUCCUGUUCCGUCCACGAAGAUCUGAGAGACGAGGUCCAGGACUGCUACAACAUAUACACCCCAGCCAACGAGGACACUGCCCCCUUUGGCCCCAAGAAUGGAACUGCGUGGGUGUAUGCAACAGAGAGCGAGAUGAACGGGACCAGUUAUUGGGGUCAGGUGUCUAAAUAUGGAGGUGGAGGAUACUACCAAGACCUGUCUCGUACAAAGGAAGGGUCGGCGAUCCAACUGCAGUCCCUCAAAGACCACCUGUGGCUGGACAGAGGCACCAGAGCUGUGUUCCUCGACUUCUCCGUCUACAACGGGAACAUCAACCUCUUCUGCAUCACCAGGUUGUUGGUGGAGUUCCCUGCUACCGGUGGGGCAGUGACCUCCUGGCAGUUUCAGACAGUGCGCCUCAUACGGUAUGUGUCCAGCUGGGACUACUUUGUGGGUCUGUGUGAGGUGGCAUUCUGCCUCUUCAUCCUGUACUACGUGGUGGAGGAGGUGCUGGAGAUCCGCAUCCACCGGCUGCAUUACUUCAAGUGCCUGUGGAACUGUCUGGAUAUUCUCAUACUUGUGCUGAGUGUUGUUGCUAUUAUCAUGAACGUAACCAGAACAGCCAUUGUUGGAAAUCUGCUCAAAGGCCUAUUGGAGAACCACAAUGCUCACCCUAGCUUCGAGUUUUUGGCCAACCUGCAGGUCCAGUUCAACAACGUGGCCGCGAUCAUCAUCUUUUUUUCCUGGGUCAAGCUUUUCAAGUUCAUCAACUUCAAUAAGACCAUGAGUCAGCUCUCCAGCACUAUGUCUCGCUGUGCCAAGGACCUUGUGGGUUUUGCCAUCAUGUUUUUCAUCAUCUUCCUGGCUUACGCACAGCUAGCCUAUUUGGUGUUUGGAACCCAGGUCAACGAUUUCAGCACUUUCCAGGCCAGCAUUUUCACGCAGUUCCGUAUCAUUCUGGGAGACUUUGAGUUCUCAGAAAUAGAGGAGGCGAAUCCCGUGCUCGGACCCGUCUACUUUACAACCUUUGUCUUCUUCAUUUUCUUUAUCCUCAUGAACAUGUUCCUGGCCAUCAUCAAUGACACAUACUCUGAGGUGAAGGCUGACAUGUCCCAGCAGAGGUCUGAGAUGGAAAUGACUGAUCUCAUUAAGAAGGGUUGUAACAAAGCCUUGAUGAAGUUGAGACUGAAGAAGACGGCAGUAGACGACAUCUCCGACAGUCUGCGUCAGGCCGGCGGCAAACUGAACUUUGACGAACUCCGCCAGGAUCUGAAAGGAAAGGGCCACACAGAUGCUGAGAUUCAGGCCAUCUUUGCGAAGUACGAUCAGGAUGGUGAUCCGGAUCUGACGGAGCAUGAACACCAGCAAAUGAGAGACGACCUGGAGAAAGAGAGAGAGGACUUGGAUCUGGAACGCAAUUCGCUGACUAGACCCAACAGUGGGCGGAGCUUCCCGCGCACCCAGGACGACUCGGAGGAAGACGAUGACGAGGACAGUGGCCACAGCUCUCGACGUCGCGGCAGCAGCUCAGGGGGCGUCUCCUACGAAGAGUUUCAAGUGCUGGUGAGACGUGUGGACAGGAUGGAGCACUCUAUCGGCAGCAUAGUGUCCAAGAUCGACGCCGUGAUCGUGAAGCUGGAAGGCAUGGAGAGGGCCAAACUGAAGAGGAGAGACGUGCUGGGCCGGCUGCUGGAUGGAGUCAUGGAGGAUGAGCGUCUGGGACGGGACACAGACGCCCACAGGGAGCAGAUGGAGAGGCUGGUGAGGGAGGAACUGGAGCGCUGGGAGUCCGACGAUAUGGUCUCGCAGGUCAGCCACCCACAGCCGGCCACUCCUGUCGGCCCCCGGCCCCGUCCAUCCUCUUCCAUGUCCGCCGACGGCCUCGACACAAGCACAAACGGGGGCAGCCAUGUGUGAGGACUUGGCCCGGUGAAGAAUAUUCCACUCUGGCAAGAAAAACUCUGUACUUAAGAUUUCCCGGCAGCGGUACGAGUAAAAGAAGAGGUGGGACCGUUUUUGCAGAACAAAAAUGAGACGUCUUAUUGAAGCUAUUAAUGAGGCAUUACAAAGGAGGUGACCGAAUCAGACCCACUCCACCUUAAAUAAAUGCACUGACAGUGAGUGAGGCUUUUGAGAGAGACGUC